AUGUAUAUGUCACUGAUGCAGACUGCAUUAGUCAACAAGAGAGAAGCUUGUUACUUGCUCUUUCAAGCUCAUGUUUCUCAUGAACAACAACAACAACAACAACAACAACAACAACAACAACAACAACAACAACAACAACAACAACAACAACAACAACAACAACAACAACAACAACAACAACAACAACAACAACAACAACAACAACAACAACAACAACAACAACAACAACAACAACAACAACAACAACAACAACAACGACAACAACAACAACAACAACAACAACAACAACAACAACAACAACAACAACAACAACAACAACAACAACAACAACAACAACAACAACAACAACAACAACAACAACAACAACAACAACAACAACAACAACAACAACAACAGCUCGCCAGCUGGCGAACGUCACCGGGCUGGGACAACGUGGCCAGCCAGCCAGGGCGCCGGACGUUGGGUCCGAUAGUCCACGGGGGUCGAGCUGGUGCGACCAGAGCAGUCGGGACGAGCUUGGUGUGUUCCUGGAACGAGCGAGCGUUGCGGGCCGGCCUAGCAGCUGUUCCUGCGGGGCUCGAGCGUGUGGUCCAGAGCCGAGAUCGUGACCUCGGUGCCACGUCCCAUGGGUUCCGGCACAACCCGGGCUAA